GACGUUCGGUAUGCCUUCGUAUCGCAAGCUGCAGCUUUGGGCGAUUGCCAUCAGCGUCGCGUCGGUGCUGUACAACGGCGCGGAGGGUGGACUGUCGAUCGGCUUUGGCGCGGAGUCCUCCUCCCGCUCUCUUAUAUUCUUCGGGAUUCAAUCGGCUGUCGAAGUAGCAUCGUCCCUUAUCGUGGUAUGGCGUUUCAGAAAUGUUGCCAAACCAGGAGAAGAACGAGCCGCGACGCUCGACCCUCGCAGUCUCAGGUUUGAAAAGCACUCGACGCUCGCUAUAGGUGCUCUUCUGCUACUGCUCGCAGCGUCGACGAUCGGCACUGCAGUCGCGGUCCUCGUCCGUCAUGAAGAACCAGACUCGAGCAACGCCUCCCUCAUAAUCUCGGCCUCAGCGCUGGUCAUUAUGAUCCUGAUAUGGUUGCCGAAGCGGUACCUUGCGCGUGCGCUGAAUAGCUCCACCAUGCAGGGCGAAGCGACGUGCUCGCUCUCUUGCAUCCAGAUUACCAUAGUCCUCUUCGUAGGCUCGCUCAUAUUCCGUGUGUGGCGAGGUGGCUGGUGGCUGGAUGGUGCCACGUCCAUUUUGCUGGGCUUCCUCUUCGGAUGGGAAGGCGUGAAGAUGGUGCGCUGGGCGAGGAACCCAGACUUUGACGGUGGAUGUUGCGGGUCGUGUCGUGCGCCAGUGCUGCCCAUCUCGGAGCUGGAAGAAGGGGAACGAUACAGAGAUAUUUGUUCAUGCUGCGAAUCCAAGGAGGAAUGCUCCAAAGCUGAUCAAUGUGUUUGCGGAGAAUCUGUCGGGGACUGCUGCAAGCCUGUGAACGCCGAUGGUGAGAAGUGCUGCACCCGAGAGAUUGUCUUCAAGAAGAGGAAUACUCUUACGCAGAAUGCCCUCCCCAGUGACGGCUGCAACGAUAGCUGCUGCGGCCACCAAGACGCCACCGCGCCCGCGCCGGACCCCUGCUGCGAUGGAGAACCUGACACCUGCUGUAUGGGAAGCUCGCCCGAGGCUGACACUAACUCUGCUCGCAACAAAUGUGGCAAUGAGGACUCCUGUUGCACCCAUGAGCAGGGCGGACAAGAUAUCUCCUCUGCCAGAGAUGUGGUCCAGGACUGCCAGAGUGACCGCACUCAGGACUCCCCAAUGUCUGGCUGUUGUGGUCAUUGUUAGAUGGCAUGAGUCGCGCUGAAUGAGUUCAUUCAGGAGUCAAUGCAAUGCCGUAGUGGCACAUCCACUCGAGAGAUGGUAUGUAUGCUUGUUCGAUGUGCUAGAAAUGUGUAUGUAACACUGUAGCUUUCAAACAUUCACUUGCCAUGUGAUGAUACACAUACACCUUUGGCUUAUUUCCGUGCUAUGUGUACGGUCAAGCACAUGUACGUAACAUUCGAGUAUAUGGCACGACAGCUAUCCUUUAUGUCC